AUGGACAACCAACCAAUGGGAGGCCGACAAGGCCAUCAGAGCUUUGAUACGGUAGAGCGCUCUGGACCUGCUUGUCGUCCUCUGGACUUUCCAGCUCCCGUGGUUCUGCGUGGUGUUCGGGUAAAUGCCUGCUUGGUGGUCCACUUGCAAUCGGGCACUCGACAAGUCUGUUCGGGCGUCAUCCAUCGUGAAGAUCUCAGUGGCAAUCAAGAGCCUCUACCUUCUGGUGGAGAUUCAAAUUCAGCGUUAUCUCAUGGGCCUCCGCGAAGGUCAUCUAGAGUGGGUCCGGAUGGCGAGGGGCCCAGAGAAGUCUUGGCCUAUUGGCCUCAUCGGCAGUUACAAGACGCAAUUUAUGGGAGUGUCUGGUGUUGUCUGGUAUUGAGGAGGCACCACGGCGUGGCCGCUGACGAUGCUGCCAGGGCUGCUGGAGUCGAGCCUGGCUCUCCGAACGCCCCAAUAGUUUGGGAAAUCUCUGGAGACAUGGUGGCCAUUAAAAUGGUGGAAUGGGAACGUGUCUUUAGAAUGAGAGGCCGUUUAUUGGAAGAUCCCGUCAAGGAAGUAGCUGCCAUGCAGUUAUUAGGAUGCAAUCACCCCCAUGUCCUUGGCAGUUCCGAAGUCCUACAAGAUGAUAAUUAUUUGUAUUCGGUCAUGCCCUACUGUCGGGGCGGUGAUCUGUUCAGUGUUGUAGUGGAAUACGCCGAGGCCAAUGGCGGAGAGAUUGGUAUGCCCGAGCCUGUGGCCCGUUUUUGGUUUCGACAAAUUUUGAGUGGUCUCCAACACUUGCAAGAACAAGGAGUUUGUCAUCGUGAUCUUUCGCUGGAGAAUGUGCUGGUUGAUGCGGAUAACUGUUUGGUGAUUGAUAUGGGGAUGUGCCUUCGUGUCCCCUACAACGAUCCAGACAGCCUCGGAGUUACCGAUGUCACUCGCGGCAACCUCCGUCGGCUCAUGAAACCUCAGGGGACAUGUGGAAAGCACAAUUACAUGUCCCCAGAGGUGUACGAGAACCUCAACGAUUUUGAUGGAUUUGCCAUUGACUUGUGGGCCGCUGGAGUUAUCUUGUACAUUAUGCUGACUGGGUUCCCUCCGUACGACAAUGCUGUUCGUACCGAUUUGCGAUUCGAAUUGAUUGUGUCGGGUCGUCUGAUGGAACAGCUCCGUAAUUGGGAGAUUAUGGUGAGCGACGAAGCGGGUGAUUUGAUGCAGAGUAUGCUGCAGAUGAACCCGAGAGACCGUCUUACACUUUCGGAGGUCAUGAACCAUCCGUGGGUGACCAAUGAAAAUGUGGAACCUCCCCCGCCACAAGAAACCGUGAUGUUCCAUUAA